CAAUCCAUUGUACAGAUUUUCUAGUCUCCACCGCGCACAUGUUCACUGCAUUGCCCACUGUAAUGUUGUAUGUAUUGUACUGGAGGUUAGGUAACAUUUGAUACCGGGUUCCACUAAAACCGGGAAUUGACCCUGCCCAGCCGCCCAGUUUUAGCGGUCUCUAGGUACCUAUUUAGGUAAUAUAGGUAACCAAUACACACAGCCUUGGGAGCUGUCGAAGUUGUCGUGGCAGACCCCGUAGACCCGUCAACCCGUUAGCCCAUCAACAUUGACCGACCUGACCUGACCUGACUGACCUACAAUGUAAUAGUUUACUUGUGGAAACAUCAAACUUCAACAACGUACAAUACCGUGUUCUUCACUCACUCAUUCACUCAUUCAUUCAUUCCUUAAUCCUUUUUUCCCUUAACCUACCGUACCUAUCCUUUCUCGCCUUCCCUCUACUUUACUUACCUAUGUCUGUGUCAUACCACUAUGGACACUGAGAGAACCCGUACCACCACAUCAUAUCAUCCCCUUUCUCAUUUCAAAGACGAGUGGAAAAACUCACUCGUAGAACAUACCUCAAAUUUAUAUGACGAAUUUCCCGACUAUCACAUCUCUGACCCUGAUUCUCUAAUAAGUACAUCGCGUAUACACUCUUUUCAACUCGGUACUGGCGCUUCCAUAUUUACUCAAUCUUUAAUACCGGCCAUAACUGAAGCCAAACAUGAAGUUAUUCUCGUUACUUGUUUUUGGGCUCCAUCCCCUACCCUAUCCGCUUUAAGAGAGGCACUGGAAAGGCUUGCUGCAGAACGCUGCGACCGCAUUCACAGCGCUAUCAUGUCUGGUUGCGAUCCCGAUGUAUCACCCCUAAGAAUACGUAUUUGCUUUUCAUCGCGGUCGUUUCUCCAGAAACUCUCUCAUACGUGGUCGAGGGACGGAUAUGUAUAUCCACCAUCUGACUGGGAAACGGUGUUGGGCUUACCAAGCCCCGAAGUUUUGCACGCUGGUCGCAUUGAUCUGCGGGUCAAGAGCUUAUUUUUCUUGCCUUUCAGUGUGAUGCACCCCAAGUUUUUAAUUGUCGAUCGCCAAAAAGCUUGGCUACCCAGUUGUAACGUUAGUUGGGAGGCAUGGUUAGAAGGCUGCGUCGAGAUCACGGGGAACGCUGUUGAUGGACUGGUCAAAUUCUAUCGGCAUGUCUGGGAUAGACAACUCGAAAGCCAUCCUCCGAUGUUGGCACAAACGAGCACUGCAUCCCCUAGUUCUGCAAGUUGGGAUAGACCUGAGUUGACAUCAGUUCGAAGUCCUGCCAGUACUUUCGUGGCCUUAUCAGCAGGAGUUGAAACCCCAACAGUACUCCUACCUUCUUCUCACCACCGCAACCCCAAAUUCGAUAUUAUUCCGUGGCAUGACUCUCCACCGCCACCACCAACACCUCUCAAUUAUGCUAUACUGCGGCUCUUAGAUAUAGCGGUCCAUUCCAUCUAUAUGCAAACACCAAACCUAACAUCAGCGGCAGUGAUCGACGGCCUUCUCGACGCCUUGAAACGAGGCGUCAAUGUAUCCAUAGUGACUAGCAAAGGGCUCAUGCUUCUGGAACAAAUAUUUACAGCUGGAACCACAACCGCAUUUUGUAUCCGAUCGCUGAUUCGAAGGUACCAAAGACUGGAAGCACAAUAUUCCCAGUUCGAAGGGAGUCCUUUGUACCAGGAUUCGGGGUCCGCCGUUGAUGUUGAAGCGCAACGGCCACCCCUAGGCCUCUUGACCAUAUAUUACUUCCAGUCAAUUCCUCUUGAUCAACCUGAAGGACCAGCAGAGGAGCCGGUGCAUUCACAUGUUAAGUUGACCAUCGUGGACGAUAAAUACACUGUCCUCGGGUCUGGAAAUAUGGACCGUGCCAGUUGGUUUACCAGUCAAGAACUAGGAAUUAUGUUCAAAUCGGCGGAAUUCGCUACUAAAGUUGGGACAGCUGUUGGCGACGUUCUGGCACAUCGACGGGAACUGGUGUUUUCAUCAGGUACCAUAGUACAAUUACCAACAAAGUCAAAUCAGCCGCCUGAACUUGAAGCAAGUUGAAAAUUAUAGAGUUGGAAAUCUGAUUUACCAUGAUUAUACAAUACCUACCUAUAUACCAACAUAUAACUGUGCUAGCGGAAAAGGGAAGCAUUAUUAUGUAUGUUUUUGCAUUGAAUAGAUUUAUGAUACCAAAACACCGUUAAGUGUGUUAAGUUACGUGUAAGUUACAUGUAAUGACAAUGGCAAAAGGACUUGGCUUUCCGCAUGGAUGUUUGGAUUCGGAAAUGUUGGUUUGACUUACAUGACUUGUAUGUACUAG